AUGGAAUCCCGCACAUCUCUCACCACCUCCGAGAAAAACUGGUUGCAGAGCAAAGUGCCUGCUGAUAACCAGCUUAAUAAGGAGGUUAAGUCAGCCGCAGCUCACUUGCUCUCCCUCCGGGAUGGGGAGAUGCGGGUUCCCAAAAAACAGCUUGAGAGGGCCGUAAAGGCAUACUGGAGGGCAAUCCAGGAUCCCGAUGGCUCAACCGCAAAUCGCCACCAUCAGGCGUCUAUCAAGGAUUUGACCAAGAAGCCAUCGCAUGGUAAUGGCCGCGCGUCAGGUGGCUUGGACGAAGAACAGGAACCAGAAGAAGACCGCGGCAAUGGUCUGGAUGGCACGAAGCAAAGGGGGGAGCGGAAGGGGAAGAGGAAGGCGAAGGCGAAGGCGAAGGCGAAAGGGAAGGGGGAUGGGGAUGGGGAUGGGGCGGAGAACAUGGUGGAGGAGAAGGAGCAUGAACAGGAGGAGGAGGAGGAGGGGGAAGUGGCGAGAGCAAAGGCGAAGGCAAAGGCAAAGGGGAAGGGGAAGGGGAAGGGGAAGGGGAAGGGGAAGGGGAAGGGGAAGGGGAAGGGGAAGGGGAAGGGGAAGGGGAAGGGGAAGGGGAAGGGGAAGGAGGAGGAGGAGGAGGAGGAGGAAGAUGCUGACCCGGGAGGCAAAGGAGAAGACGACAGGGAUAAGACGGAUCAGGUCGAGGAUGAGGACGACGAGGACGACGAGGUACUGCCCGGGCCGGCAAAGCCCUCGUACCACACGCAUGUCACGUGGUGCGCCGUCUCCCGCCACAGUCACCCGGAGGUGUGGGACAGAGUCCGCCGACGGCUCGCUAGGGAGACGCCUGGUACGCCAUUUCAGAUAGAACAAAAAGUCAACAAGAAGAUCCGCCACGAAUUCACGGAGGACGAGGUGGAAGCCUUCAAAGCUAGAGCCCGAGCAAUCAACAUCGGCCAACCGGCCAAGCAAGACCAAACAUGGUUUCGCAAGAGUCACUGCCGACAGACCAUUGCGCGCUUCUUGAAUUGGGCAAUGGAAGUUGGUGGCGUGGCCGUUGUCGGGGUUGCUGCUUGGGUCGACGAAGAAAGUGGAGAGCUGGAAAUGGUCAAUGUCGGACCCAACGUCAAGAACGGCCCGCUGUUCGCGGAGAAGGAGAAAAAUUGGCUGGCUCGAGGCCAGUUGUCAGACCGCGUCAAGGGCUGGGCUGCCGAGGUCUUCGGACUAGAGGACGGUGACCAUGACAUCGCCGCAAUGGGCGACCAUAUAGAAGGUGGUUCUUUGCCGAGUUGGGCUCAGGUCAAACGUCGCCCUUGUCACUACCCGAGAUUGCUGGCGGACCCUCCUGACAGCGCGAACACGAAAUUACUGCGAAAUGUGAUCAGGCAGUAUAUCGCCCACGCCAUGAGCUUUCACAAUCAAUCCAAGGCCACUCGUUGGAGCCACCUGCGGGCAGAGUUGGAUCCCAGCGCGUUCCCGGAGCCUGCUCCCGAGAGAGGCUCUGACCCCUACGCCAUGGACCCAUCCAGCAUGAAGAAGGAGCCUAUGCUCAAGUUCAUUCGCCAUUGGCUCCAGGCGCAGGAGGGUGGCAGCAUGCCCGUUAAGCCCUUCGUCAGGAAAGCGUCUGGUGUGACUUCCCGCACGUCUGGAUCUAGAACGCAAGCCCACAGGAAGACGAAGGCCCCGUCCAUGGAUCCGGCGGAGGAGACAAGCGACGAGGACAAGGACGAGGAAGAGGACGAGGACGAGGAUGAGGAAGAGGACGAGGACGAGGAGGAAGGACCUGCGAUAGGACGACGGACGAGAAGGUCAAACGCGACUGCCAUGUCUCAUAGCGCGGGUCCCAAUAGGCAUCAGCCCCAGAGUACUGUGUCACUCCUACUUGAGAACAACAUGUCCAUUGGGAAGCGCGCCAUAGCACUCAUCAAGCGCGCGAAAGAGACUUCGAACCGUGUCGCGGCUUCAGUGGCCGUCUACAUGGUUCAAGUCUGCUUGGAGCAUCCGAAUGAUGACGGGAUCCCAGAAACCCCUCUAGACUUCCGUUUCCAGGACAUCUUUUUAAUCACCAACCUGGAGGACGUCUUGCAGGUAUCCGUGUUCACCAGCGGGAAAGCGCAGCAAUAUGUGGACUGGGUUGUGAAGGCCAAGCCUCACCUUUUGGGCACACGCCCCCAAAAAUGGGCUCGGAGGAUUAUCGUGAUGCAGCUGAUGCUCAUAAGGUGCGUGAUGGCCAUCGCUACGGGCUUGCUUCACCUCGCUAUCGACAGCCAAGGCUAUGCAGAGGUGGAGCCUGAUGAUGAGGACAGUCCUUACUAUCCCGGCCUGGGUUGGGAGAUCAAGGACCACAAAAAGCUGAUGGCCGGCAUUCUCAGGGCGCUGCACACUGGCCCGGACAAGGACAGCCUCAGUCCUUGCCCGAAGACCACCGCCGCCCUAGCAAAGGACCUACCAGGCGUGGGAAUCGAAGACUACGUUGAAUCUCAUUCCAGCGCGCGCGAUGACACUGCCGUGGCGGCCAUGUGUCAACGCGCAGGCGUGCACGCCGGCGGUGCCAGCGGUUCUACUCUAGCUAGCAAGCGCAAGGCGGCCACGGACAGUCAGCCGUCGAAAGCCUCCAAACGGCCACGCAACGUCCAGGAUGUGGAUGAUUCGGCAGACGUGCAGAUGGAAGAGCAGGAGGUUUCCAUCCCUCCGCGAAAGUUGAGGUCCGAAACCAAGAGGGACGACUCCAUUGCACAGUCUCGUGAAACACAGCAGGGGGUCAGAACAUUGAGGAAACACACACCCACUGCCAAGGCCGCCGCGAUGCUGCUAAAGCGCUCCAAGAAGUCAAAAGGCCCUUGA